AUGAGAGAAAGGGUGCGCUACUCGGUAGCCGAGCUUGAAGCGCUCAAAGAAUCACCUUUAGUGGAGAAACCAGACGGAUUUGAGGGAAUUCCUGCAGAAUGGCUUGAGCCAACUGCCCGCUGGAAGACUCCGAGCGAGCGCAAAGAGGUCCCUGCCCGACGACAGCGCAACCACCACAAAAGUGAUGGGAACCAACGCAACUACCCACACGAGUCUUCACGCCAUCAUAAGCGCGAUGCUGUAGAAGACGCCGAUAGUGAGGCACUUCCUGAGUGGGACGACGUGUCCGAACCUUGGGUGCACUCUGCAGCAGGAAACAUUGAGGAGUUUGAACACUGGAAACAAAAGCAGCGGCGGGCCGCUCUUCAAGAAGCAGGAUUCGACGACGUCCAUGAGGAUACUGUAAAAGCCUCCUCUUCUGUCCAGGAAGAGGCCACCAAGGCUGCCCCUGAGGCUGAGGAUGCACCCAAGGCUGAGGAGAAGCCGGAGCGCACCAUCGAUAUCUGGGACGCCCAGAAUGUUUCCUUCAAAAAGACAGGCGGAGCCUCUCGGUUCUCUUUUAUGGGCCAGCAACGACAAAUGCCACCUGCAACUGCACCAGCGAAGCCGGAUACAGGGAAUGAUGACUUUUUCAACAGUCUUCUUGAAAAGAGAUCCACCCCCGACUCCUCUGCUCCUCCGGGUUUGACGCAAACAAAUAGACCUCGACAACAACAAGGAAUGAAUCAGCCUUCUAUUAAUGGACAAGGAUACCAAGGUCAGGGCUUCCCAGUAGCUCCAACAGGCUACCAGGUUCCUCCCGGUUAUCCCAUGCACUUCCAGGCUCCCCCUGGCUUCCAAGGCCCUCCAGGUAUGCAAGCAUAUCCUGGUGUUCAGGCUCCUCCGGGAAUGCAAGCACCUCCUGGGCUGCAGCAGAACUCUCAAGUGACGGGAACACCCACCAAACCACCUGGGUUGCAGCAGACUCCUCAGAAGACGCCCACAUCUUCAAACUCCCCCAACUCUUCAGGCAUGCAGGGCACGCACCUGGGCAUGCAACCUCCCCCUGGUCUACAAAAGACCCCCCAGAACCAGGCGACUCCGUCAAAAACUCCAGGAAACCCUGGUGCUCCUCCUGGGUUGACCCAAGUCCCGCAAUUACCUGGAACACCUUCAAAGACACCCGGAAUACCCCAUGGGCAUAUGCAAAUGCCUCCAGGUUUGAAUCCAUCACCAAUGCACCAGAACGCAAUGUCUCAAGGUAUGAUGAAUAUGUCUCCCGGCCAAUAUCCGCCAGGAAUGACUGCUCCCCCUGGACUACAUCCCCAAAUGAUGGGGUACCCAUAUCGUUAUGAUCCUCGGAUGGGUCAAUAUAAUGGAUCGCAAGCUAAUUCCUACAACAGGCCCCCUGGCCUCUAA